AUGUUUGCGAUGACGAGCAAAACGCCAGUCGUGCCCCUCUCCCAGCGUCCCUUGGACGCCUUGCUCGUGCUUUUCUUCGCCGUCUACGCGUUCAGCACCGCCGUCGUCGCGAAGGUGCUGCUGCCGCCACGCGCCCUCCUCGCAGAGGCGUUACGCGAUGCCGUGUUGUGGCCGGGGUCCCCGAGGGAUUUUCUCGUUGCCUGUAAGCUGCUGCUGCACAUGACCUUCUGCCUCGCAGCUAUCUUCGCCUUCUGCUUUGGUGGAGAGUGGAUCCGCCUGCCUGCUGGCGCCUACUCCGUCCAUGCCAUCACCACCAUGACCUCCAGUGCAUUCGAGUUUGUGGAGGAGAUAUCCUCCAAGUACCCCCAACCACUGGGUCUCAUGCACCGGAUUGCCGGCCUGAUGCUGCUGGCCAUCUACCUGCCUGUCCUCGCACUGCCUUGCAUGCUGCUCGUCAGAGUCUCCCUGCCAGCGUCGCUCUUCCAUUACAAGCAUGUGACUGGCAAGAAGAAACGAUGA